AUGAAGCGUCAAGCAGAUAAACAGAUCCGAAGGGAGGAUGGAGACGAUGCAUCCGACGACGACUCGCCAUCACAAGCCGGUUCGACGCCCGCCACUCCUACUGCGGGCAGAGUCAUUCGUGGGCUACCUAAGCGACGAGGCACUCCCGGCACCCCUGGAGGCGCACCUCCCGCAGCAGCAGCGUCGCCGAGUCCGCUCAGCUUCGGUGCUGCUGCGCCUUCGUCCUCGUCGUCACCUUUUGGCGCACCAUCGGGAGGAUCCAACCCUUUUGCUAGUCUAAGUGGCACCGGUGGGUUCGGUAGCGCUUCGACUACUGCUGCUCCCGCUGCAACGACAACCACACCCACGUUCAGCUUUGGUGGUGCAUCGAGCACGACGGCCAGCUCUAGUGCGGCUGCGUCCUCGCAACUGCCAGCAAAAGCUAACCCUUUCGGCGGGUUUACGGGUUUUGGUGCUGCCAAACCCGGUUCCGGUUCCGCUGCUGCUGCUCCUGCGGCAAAUUCGAGUUCUACAGCUUCGACUCCAUCGUUCUCUUUUGGAGCUCCCCCAGCGUCAUCCGCGUCGUCCGGCUCAAAUGCGCAGACGGCUCCGUCCAAGACAUCGAGCAUCGUCUCUGGCAUCCUCGGAGGAAUGUCCUCUGGCCCCGCCGCCGCCGCCGCCGCAACUCCUUCCUCGACCACGACCAGCGGUGUCUCUCCUUCUGCAGAGAAGGACAAACUGCGCUCACUUCGAGGUCUCAACAUCUCGCUGCAGACGACGCUAUCUCAAAAGAUCAAGGAGCAGCUCGAAGCUGAUCCAUUUGGCGACCUUGCGCCGCUCAUCGAAUCGUUCCGAGACCAGUAUCGCAAGCAUCGUGGAAGCUUUGAGAACGGUAAGAACUCCUCUUCAUCCACUACAGCGAGCUCUGCUACGUCAAGCAGCCUGAACAGCAACGCCACGCCGUUUAAGCCUACCACAAAUGGUGCCUCGUCGCCUUCCACAAGCGCCACCCAGCAGCAGUCAACCUCUCUUUCCAGUUUCAGCUUCGGCCAGCCUACAUCCACCACCUCGAGUAGCACACCGGCCUCUGCUGCCACAAGCACACCGAGUUUUUCUUUCGGCCCGAGUGGCUCCACUGCGACGAAGCCAGCGGGCUCAGGGUUUUCCUUUUCGCCUCUCCCCUCGACAGCGUCCGCAACAACGGGAAAAACAAGUGCUGCUCCUGCUCCUGCUGCCAAGUCAUCCUUUGCGUUUGGAUCGUCGGCGAUUGGGUCUGAUCAAGCAGACGAACAGGGGGAGCAAGGAGAUGAGGAGGACGAUGAAGCUGCAGAUCACGAUGAAGAAGACGACGAUGGAGAAGAGGAGGAUGAUGAAGAAGAAGACGAGGAAGAGGAAGAGGAAGAUGACGAGGAAGAGGAGGAGGAGGAAGAGGAAAACGAGGAAGACGACGAGAUCGAUCGAGGCGAUGACGACGCCGAAGAUAAUUCGGACGACGGAAUCGAAGUCACCGGCACCAAGUCCGCCUCGUCCUCGAACCCCGUCAAACCACCGUCCUUCAGCCUGCCCACUGGCGGCUUUUCAUUUAGCGGCAAACCGGUCAGCACCAGCUCGUCCUCAGAAGACGCUGCCAAAGCGCAAGCUACGCAAAACAUGUCCGGAGCACCCAAGCUGGAUCUUCCGCAGACUGGGUUCAGUUUCGGCGGCAAGCCGGUCAACUUUGGCGCUUCCGCUGCCAAGCCUGCCAAGCCUGCUGGUGCUGGUGAUGCAGCAUCAGCAUCCACGAACGCAGCAAAAUCGGCUACCCCCGCAUUCUCGUUUGGCAGCACCUCGAGCACUCCUGCGUUCGGCGGCUUUGCCUCGUCCACCCCGUCCACUGGUGCAACAGGGACAGGCCUCACCUUCGGCUCGUCGAAACCCGCCUCCACCACCACACCCGCGUUCGGCUCGUCCUCCGCUACGGGCAGUGCUGCACCGACGUUCUCCUUCGGCAGCACCUCGUCGUCCAGUGGCGGCAGCGCAAGCAACUUUGCCAACUUCUCCGCGAGCACCGCGUCCAAACCAGGCGCCUUUUCGUUCGGCUCACAGGCGAUCAAGUUUGGCGAUGCGAAGGGCGAAGAUAAGAAGGACGACGCAAAGUGA